AUGGAAAAUCCCCGAGACUGCCCUUCGGAGAUGUACAAAAUUAUGCAAGAUUGCUGGCAGGAAGGACCCGACAAGCGGCCUAAAUUUGAUCAAAUCAGCCAAUCGAUUGGUACAAUACUUGAGCAACGCGCUUCCCAGGUGAGGCCUUUUUUCUACUGUUUUUGAGGCAAAGGAGGAGCUAAGAGAACUUAUCCUCUCUCUUGUCAGAACUUAUUGAACAGUAGGUCCUUCAAAGGAAAAAAUGAAGUUCAUCAAAAGGGGAUACUCUCUUGAGUGUAUAUAUCCUUUGUUUUGAUGGGGCGAGCGGGAAUUAAGCUUUGCAGGAAGAAUAUGAAGAGAUGACUUAUACUGUGUGCUCUUUAAAAAAUUACCAUAUUUGCAAUGACAGUGGCGGAUUCAAAUCUCUAACUAAGUGGGGGACCCGCUCAUGACUGCAGUUUGGCCUAUAAAGAAGGUGGAGCCCCGGGCCCCCUUGGCCCCUCCCGCAGCUCGGCCAUGAAAUGAUAUAACACGAUCUGCAUGCUGUUUUUUUUUUUUAGACUGACGCAAUGUAGAUGCUAACGCUAUACAGAUUAUAAAAAUUUACGAUUCUAUAAGAUCAGAGAAUUUCGACUGCCAAUUGAAAGAAAGAUUAUGAGGGAUGCGCAUCUUUUGCUGGUCAGGCGCCCAUAACCCGGAGUGAGCAACUUCCAUGCGCUUGUGUCACGACGUUUUCACGGACCGGUUUAUUUUUAGAACGGUUUUGGCGCGAAGUUUGAAUAUCUUUUAAAUUUCACAAACUAGUCAGCAAAACCUACAGACCUAAAAAUGGUAUUUUCUGCCUUUUCCGUUUUGAAAUCUUAUACUUCGAAUGCGCUCAUAGAUAUUUUCGCGGGAAGAAGUGCCCCUUAAAAUGUGUCUAAAAAUAAGCUGGUCCGUAAAAACGCCGUGACAUAGGCCUAGUAUGGAAGUUGCUCGCUCCGGGUUAUGGGCUCCUGGCUGGUAUGUUUAUUCUAAACUUCAAUAUUGGGCUUAUUUUUCACAACAGAGUGUCGCGACCGAGUACCUACACUUAAUAGAAGACAACAACUGUGGCAGAAAAGAUUACUACCUUGAACCACAUGAUUCAGACCCCACCGUUCCUGUUACGAGAGCAGAUGUUUAUGACAGGUUAGUACUCUCUAUUAAGCAUUUGGCUUUUAUUUUUGAAAAGUUCAGCCACAAGCGAGUUGGGUUGUCCAUACCCGGUAUUCCGUACCCAUAAAGGAGCCAACAAGUCCCAGGCUAAAGAACUUCGCAAUAUUAGUUCGAUAAUAAAUACGUUACGUUAUGUUAUGUUAAUGGAAUAACUGAUAGGUAGGGCCAGUUCUGCUUAUAUACUAGCUUGGCCACUGAGGGAGUGCUUAUUCGGGGAAGAAAUAGGUUCUUCAAAGGAGUACUGAGGAGACACUAUAUCGUUAAUGAGACACGUGCAUGGUCAUGGCAAAGAACGAACGGGACUCAGUUACAUUAUUACGUAAGAAAUAACAUUGCUUAACUCGUGGAUACAGAUAAUGGUCUUGCUGUGCACGGUAAAUUUAAAAUUGAGCCGAACGAGUGGCUAAUAAGAAACUGUUCCCUUAUGUCAAUGCCGGCGUUUAAUCAAAGGUAAACAAGCGUUCAGAGAAUGAGAGAAGAGAGAAGGUUCCCUUAUAACAUCACUUAAUAUAUUUAAGACAGUGUGCUGGAGGUGAUUGUUAUUCAAGGAGACUCUUAUUUUUCAGUUUGGCAGGCGAAUAUAUAGGGGAAAACGCUUAAUCAACGUGAACGCCUUUUAUUUUUGACAUUUAAGGCGUAAUAGCGUAUAAAUCUCGGAGUGAGAAAAUAUAACUCCGUUCGCAGCGUACAAAUCAUGUUUCGAGUCCAUUGCGGUUGGCAUCAAGAUUUGAAAUAAUGAUAAUAAAAUAGUUCAUUGCGAUCUUGUCUCACAGAAUUAUCGGCUCGUCGUAAAAUGUUUUAGUGUGAUUCACGUUCCCUUCUAUAAUCUUGCACAUGAUCUAAAAUGUAUGGUCAAUUUUAUAGGAAUCUACUAUGGUUGACAACGUUGUUCUCUUCUUAUAGGCGAUCAAGUGAAAAUAUUGCAAACAAUCCCUUGCCUCCAUUACCAGGUGACAUGGAAGAUCAAUUCGAUCCGGAAUCAGAGGAGAGACGACAGUUGCUGAAACCAGAGAUUUGCGGUGGCUCGUCGGGGAGUGAGGGCGACAUAGAACUAGAAGAAUUCCAUGGUAAUGAGCAGGCUGUGGCCUUGGAACUGACGCCUAUUGCUCACUUUACAGAAAAGGCCGGAAAUUCAAAGAAGAAAACUACAAUCGUCUGA